CACACUUCUCGCACACGUGGGCAGCAGACAGACUCCGUGCUCGCUCUCCCCCAUCAUCCACACACAGACAAGGCCGUCACUCACACGCACGCGCUUUGCCACAAUGACUGGCGUCCUCCGCGAGUCCCCGCCGGCCGAGUCGAGCUUGCAGCGGCGGGCACAUGCCGCACGGGCGAGUGCAACCGGCAGGAAAGAUGCACAAGGCAAAGAUGCACACAUACCUCCGCCAGAGUACCCCUUUACGCACGCGCAGCUGGUGGCGGCGCUUCCGGCCGAUUGCUUUGAGCGCAACCACUGGGUGGCGCUGGGCCAGGUGGUGCAGACGACGGCGACGUCGGGCGCGCUCCUCUGGCUCCUCACCUGGGCGCCCGUCGCGGCGCUCCCGCUGGUGUACAUCGCGCUCGGCUUCUCGCUCUACGGCUACCUGGCAAUCGGACACGAGUGCGCGCAUGGCUCGUUCACUCGGUGGCCGCUGCUCAACAAGGCGCUCGGCUCGGUGACCAUGCUUGCUGGCUUCAUGCCGUUUGAGAACUGGCGGCAGGCCCACUUUCUGCACCACCGCUGGACAGCGCACGAGGAUCUUGAAGAGUACUUUACCUACUCGCGGGUCUCGACGCCUGUUCUUACUGCCAUCCGCUGGAUGCUCCGUUGGCUGAGCCCGAUUGGCCUCUUCCUCAUGCACUUUCUCUACCUCUGUGGCCUCCGCGGGAAGAACGGCAAGCUCUCGACCGACUCGCUCUUCUACAAUCCCGAGAUGAACAACUCGCUCUCGCUCGUCAACUUUGCCAUGGUCAUUGUUCAGUGGUCAGCGCUCGCUGCUGGCUUCUACCACGCUCCAGCCGCCACGCUCAAGUUCGCGUUUGUCCCGCUCUGUGCGUGUGGCGCCGCCAACCUCAUGAUUGGCUACAUGCAGCACCGCGAUGAGACUGGUGAACUUGUCGCCUUUGACGCCACCGCUUGGACCAAGCUCCGCGGCGCUCUACAGACUGUCGACCGCUCGUUCUGGCCCUUUGACUUUAUGCUCCAUGGCGCCGCACGCUAUCACGUCUGCCACCACCUCUUUCCCACCAUGCCGCACUACAACGCGCCCAAGGCUAUGGCCGCUCUCGCCGACAUCCUUGGCCCACACUACCACAACGAUGGCUCCACAGCCUUUAUCAAGUACCAUCCCUCGCUCAACCACUCGCAUCUGGUUGCCGGCGACGGCGUCCUCCGCUUCUACCGCGCCGACGGAUGAUGCUGCGAUACGCUUGGCCUCAUCUAUACCUUUGUGUGAACGGUGAUUGAACUUAGUUUAUUGGCA